GAACCACGCAUUCAUAAUACGGCACCAGAACUGCUCGUAAAACUAUUCAGUCAACACGGCGGGACUUUAAAUUUCAGGCAAAGAUGCUCGUUUGCGCAUAAUUAUUGUGUCUUCUGCGGUAAAAAUAAUCUCCUUUUUAAACACUUUAUUGGCACGAAUUUAUCAUUCGCCGUUAUAAUUCCUGCGACACGAGUCACACAGAUGAACGUCGUGUAUAGCGAUCUUUGACGUUUCUCCUGGACGCGGUAUCUGUACUUAAACACGUGGACUGCGGCGUUUUGAAAACCAUGGGAUCAGAAAUCAUGAAGCUGCUUCCUCUGUUCGCCAUCGUCUUUCUAAUUUCAUGGAACGUCAUGGGCGUCCAGGCUGGUGAAAGGCCCGCCAUUUUCAAAAAAUGGCCUGCGUGCAAAAGAGACAUCGAAUACGUCUUGGUCGUGAAGGCGUCGGACCGCAGACCUGGCGAGCAAUACAACGAACGCCACAAAAACAACAAAACCUGGCUGUACGUCUGCCUGCCCUGCACGCAGUGCGCAUCAGGAGUGCGUCAGCUCCAACCAUGCACGACGUACCAGGAUACAAACUGUUCAGCCACGGAAUGUGCCGUACCUGGAUGCGUUCUAGACGACAUGUUGCACGCCUGUAGACUGCCAGGCGACCCUAACGACUUCGCCGGUAUCGCCGCCAUGAUGGACCCGUGUGAUCCCACCAAAGCCCCGGUCAACCCGACUCCAGUCCCGUCAGAAGAAGAUACCUCUAAUAGACCGCCUCAACUUGUACAAUCCACCGCAUCGACCCCAAGCACAGACCCCUAUGUUCCCACCGAGCCGCCCGCCACCAAAUCGCCGUCCCUGCGCAAGGAGUGGGGAAUACUGGAAACGGUCCUAACCGUUUCCUUGGCCUUGCUUAGCCUCAUUCUUGCGGUAGGAAUCUUCGUCCACUAUCGUAGACCCAGGCGCCAGCUCGAGAAGGUGGCUCAAAGUGGGCGGGGCGACGAUCUCAGUUUGAGUGGGAUGCCGAUAAAGGAAACACCUGUAUAGUAUAAGGAUAAUAAUCAAACCUUGUAUAAUAGCUUCCACAAAUAUAAGCUAAUAAUGAGGUGCUAUCAAUUAAAUUAAAAGUGAGGCUUAACCUUGGAACGAAUAAAUAGUAUGGCACCAUCCCAUUCAACAGCUUACAAUUUCGAAAAUACAUUCAGGAUGAUUCAGGGAACACGACCAAAAUGGCUUCCUCGUGAAUAUCGUCAAGGCCGUGAGUGAACACUGAGUCUGUGCCAUGAUUUUUGGUUUUCAUAGCCUUCCUUAAGCCUUCUUCUAGCCUUGCUCUAUCCAUGCUCUUUAAGCUCCAUGUUUCUCCGAACGGAUGUUCGAUUUGUAUGUUUUAUCCAAACUGGAAAAAAAAUUGUCUUUUGUUUUUCGAUUUUGCACGUGUUCUAUCCUCUGAAAAAAAACCCAUUUUUUUUGGGGGGGGGGGUGGCUUUUGCGCCAUUAUGCACAAAUAGUUGCGCCUUAAGUAUAUUGUAUGUCAACAUAUUUAGAAAGUAAAUAUUCCACAGCUUAAUAUGGGUUGAGUUUGUUGUUUUCGAUGCCUCAAUCAGAAAUGACUGUACAUUUUGUAUUUAACUUGACAUAUCACAGGGAGAGUAUGCUUAAACGUAAUGCAAUGUACAUAAUAAUUAUUAUUAUUAUUAACUGCCUAUCAAUGCAAGUUUUGGUAUACAUAUUUAUAUACUUUUCUAAUGUAUUUAUUCAGUAUAUUUAAAAGUUUAAAAAGACAAGAAGAUAAUUGUUUUGGAAUCAUGAUAGAGCCAGAAUGAACUGAGUCGCGCAUAAAUUUGAUUUCUGUCGCUUAUCAGUGGAACGGAAUUCUUGUGUAAUUCAAACACCACAUUUUGUAUGCGCAACUUUGUUACACAAGAGUCUAGCAGGUGUUAUAUAAUAAGUGGAUAUAUUAAGCAGAUUGCUUUGUACAUAGCCAUAUUCAGAAUUUUCCAUGUAACCAAAGAUGAACAAUUAAGUUAAAGUAAAUCAACUCAGAAAAAAGGUAUUUAAGUGAUCCAUGAGAGGUCUAUCAACGAGCUCCCAAUAUGCAACGCGGUCAUUACGUUAUUAGGUCAGUACUGUUUAUGCAUUAUUAUUUAAAUGAGCAUUAUUGGGCUACGUUCUGUACAAAUUUUUUGCCAUACUGCCUGCCUUGUGUUUUGCUCUGUAUUAUUUUGAAAUAUUUAAACAAUUUUUCAUGUUUAACAGCUUCAAUUUUUUUUCAUUUGGCUUGAAAUGUCGGACUGUAUAAAUUUUGUAUUUGUACAUUUUGAUUAUUAUUUAUAAAAAAAAUAAUGCCUCUUCACUCUAUCCUUUUUUUUUGCGUUUCAGUCCAAUUGGUAUCAAGCCCUUAAUUAAUUAUUCUCAUAUAAGUUAAAGGCCCAAUUACACAACGAGCACAAAACAGUUUGAAAACGCACGCACAUUUUUUUUUCUUACAAAUGUUUGGAAGGUGGCUUAAAGACGAUGCAGCCGACAUCCCAACUUAACAAGAUUUUUGGAAUUUCGGGUCCAAUAAAGUGUAAAGUGUAACAGUCAUUGCCGCUGUUGUUCGCUUGGGUAGUGUGCAAUGCCAAAGGGACAAUGGUAUAAGUGGUUAUCAAAGGGGACUUCCUGGUAAAUCAUGGCUAAAUAAAAUUAAUUUGCAAGUUCAAAAUA